AUGAAUAAAUUACUUCAUUUUCUUUGUUUCCAGAGCAACGUGUGCGCAGCGGGUGUAGGUGCAGCCCGCUGCCUCUAUGCCGCAUCGACGCAGGUUCGAUAUACACCGGGACAUCGCCAGGUCACUGUUGAAGAGAAGUGGAGUGCUGGGGGUGAGUGUAAGAGCGCCAUCUGGCGUGAUCGAGGCGAGGUGGCGGGGUCGCAUACGCCGUCGGGGCCUUUGGCGAUGCCAUUUAUUGAAGACGAUUGGUGGUCAGCGGAGAAUGAGGGAAGAAUGGUCGAUCUCUCCAAUUGCCUUCAGGAUGCAGUAACUGGAUCUGGGCAAACAGCGACACAGUUACAUCUACAAAUGGCGACAUCUCUCGGUGAAUUGUCUCAAGCGGAGUUGUCCAACUUUGUGGGGGGUCUCACGUUGGAAGCAGAUGGCUCUGAGGCCGCGGACCCAGAUGAUAUUCUGAAACAAUUAGGGGAAACCGCUUUUGAUAAUUUCGACACCUUUUUCACUGACCUUACCAAUUCUACAGCAACAGCACCGCCUGUUGAAAUAAAGCAAGAGGAGAACAACAACAUAUCACCGACAAAUCAGCUGCAAAACUACUACCAACAGAACCAGCUGGUGUUACCAAACAACGGUCAGCAACGUUUACAACAACUAUUGCGUUCUGGCACCAGCGCGAUAAAUCAUGCGGUUGCAAAUAACAUUAAUAAUGGCAGAUACAAUAUUGCCUCAGCCAAUCCUUUACUGGCUGAAAAAUUAGCAGCGACAUCUAGUGGCAUAAAGCAAGAACCAAUGAAUUCAGAAUAUACAAGUAUGAACUAUGGAAGCGCAUCUCCAAUGCAACGGGUGCCGAGUGGGAAGCCUCAGGUGCAUGACGCUGGCGGAGGAAAAGAAAUUAUUUUUGAAACUUAUAAAGUAACUAGUGACAUCCUGCGUAAAGUAGUAGAAGCAAUGUUUAGUAACAGUUUUAUAACAAUACAACAGAUGGCGCUUACUGCACUCAAACUUUUAAAUGAGAUUAAAACU